AUGAAGGCACCGAUUUAUGAAUAUGAAUACAAUCCGCCCCUGAAAAUGGAUCAGAAAGAAUUUCCCAUCAAACCACAGCCUUUCCAUUUAUACUUGGAUCAAUUCCGGGACCCGAAAGAAGUGCAAGCCGAGCUGCUGAAAAAGCGUUUACAAAUGCGGGCAUUGGAUAAAAAUCCAGAACAACCGAAAUAUCCGGAUAUCGAUUAUGCCAAACAUAAACGUGAAAUGCCGCAUUGGUUGCAUGAAAAACUGAUGAAAGAAAAUACUGGAACCGGAAAAUACAGAGCUCUGUGGAGCAAUCCAAUUAACUAA